GAGGGAGAGGGAGCAGGGAGGGGUGGGGUGGGGGGAGGCUGUCAGAAGCCUUGGAGCCCGCCUGCCUCCUGAGUGAAGCUUUGCUCAGAUGCUCACUGCCUGGGCCCCUUGAGUGUGGUUUUCCUCCCCGGCCAGCACCAAACCCCAGAAUAGUGCGGCUGACUUGCUGAUUGAGGUCAGCAGCUCCCCGGAGGCACGAGAAGCCAGAGCCUUUGCAGAAGACGGACUCACCAGAACAAACAUGAGGAGCGCAGCCAAGCCCUGGAAUCCGGUCCUCAAAGCGGGCAGCCAUGGGACAGACAGGGCGCGGCCCCUCCCGGCGGCGCCCUCUGGCAUGAAGAGUUCGAAAUCUUCUACCUCGCUGGCGUUUGAGUCCCGGCUCAGCAAGCUCAAGAGGGCCAGUAGCGAGGACAUGCUCAACAAACCGGGAAGUACCGCCGCUUCCGGGGUGGUUCGACUGAAAAAGACUUCAACAGCUGGAGCCAUCUCUGAGCUUGCAGAGAGCCGCCUGCGGAGCAACCCAGGGGCCGUGCCAACAACCAAACGGACAGGCAUUCCAGCUCCUCGAGAACUUUCAGCAACUGUCUCUAGAGAGAGAACUGUGCCAAGCGGUCCCUCCAACCCCAGGAAGCCGGUGUCCAGUCCAACUUCUUCCAGCACGCCCACCCCUACUAAGCACCUGAGGACCACUUCCACGAGACCCAAGCAAGAGCCUGAAGGCGGGGAGAAAGCUGUGCUCGAGUCCCAGGUUCGGGAACUUCUCGCUGAAGCCAAAGCGAAAGACAGUGAAAUUAACAGGCUUCGAAGCGAACUGAAGAAAUGAAAGGAAAAAAGGACUCCAGGCACCAAAGGAGCUGAGGCUUCAGAUGCCAGCCCAGACAGAACCUCCUCCUUGCUGGGUGACUCAGAACCCCUGAUAUGCACUCUAGAGGAGAAAAACAAGAGUUUCCAGAAAGAACUUGCAGAGCUCGAGGAGGAGAACCGGGCCUUGAGGGAGAAACUAACUUACCUGGAGCAUUCCCCAAAUUCAGAGGGGGGCGUGAGUCACACCGGGGACAGCAGCUGCCUGACGUCCCUAACUCAGGAGUCAAGCUUAGGCAGCCCGACGGGGCAUCAGUAGUCCAGGGACAUCGAGGAGUCCGCGAACAGCAGACAUGGAAAUGCAUUACGGACAUGGGGCUCUUUGAGCAGCGACCUUACCAAAGCUUCUCUGUCCCCCGAUGCCUCCGAUUUUGAGCACAUUGCAGCAGACACCCCUUCCCAGCCCCUGUCCUCCACCAACAACCCCUUUAAGGGCUCCAGGUGUUCGACCAGCGGCAGUUCCCCUAACAACGCGAGCGAGCUGUCCCUGGCCUCCCUCACGGAAAAGAUCCAGAAGAUUGAGGAGAAGCAUCACAGCACGGCUGAAGAGCUCCAGGCCACUUUGCAGGAACUGUCCGACCAGCAGCAGAUGGUACAGGAGCUGACCGCUGAAAACGAGAAGCUCGUGGAUGAGAAGGCGCUCUUAGAAACGUCCUUCCACCAGCACCGGGAGAGAGCUGAGCAGCUUAGUCAGGAAAACGAGAAACUCCUGAACCUCUUGCAGGAGCGGGUGAAGAACGAGGAGCCCGCGGCGCAGGAGGGAAAGAUCCUCGAGCUGGAGCAGAAGUGUGCGGAAAUCCUGGACCAGGGCCGCUUUGAAAGAGAAAAGCUGCUCAACAUCCAGCAGCAGCUGACCUGCAGCUUGCGGAAGGUCGAGGAGGAAAACCAAGGUGCUUUAGACAUGAUUAAACAUCUGAAGGAAGAAAGAAAACUGAAUGGGUGUCUGGACCUGGAGCGGCGGAAUAACGGCGCAAUGGCUCAUCUGGAGGAGUGCAGAGCCACACUCGAAGGGCUGUGGAUGGAACACGGGUCGCUGAAGGCUCAUUUGGAGAACGAGAAGCAGAAGGCUACGGAGACCAGCCCUGUGGGGCACACGGCCGAGGGUCGUGAGGUUCAAGAGAUGUCGAGGGUUGCUCGCGCCGAGAAGGAGCAGCUGGAGCUGUCUUGCACCGAGCUCAAGCAAGAGUUAGUGAAGGCCCACAGUGAAGUCAAACAUGUUUCGAGCCUGCUGGCCAAGUCCUUCCCCUCCUUGAACUUCAGAUUCACAGAGCGCAGAGAAUCCGCUGCCCAGCCUGAAGGUCUGUUCCGCACAGAUCGGGGGCACAAAAAUGAAACACUCCAAUUUCUGACUGUGGCCAGUUCCAAGUGUAGCAGGGAUAGAGUAAACCAAAUGAGUGAGUAUGACGCAGGGAAAAAGAGUAUCACAGGAUAG